ACCCACUGCCUCAAGCAAGCAUUAUCCGCUGCAUGGCAUCCACAUACCCUCUCCCUGGAGGCCUUAACCAAUCAGAAGGUCGAAUUGAUGUUGAUCAUGCAAUAGCAAGGAAGAUGCAACUCUUAGCAGAAACAGAGCAGCUGAAGCUAGCGUUCAUGAAGGGUGUGGAGAAACAUUUUACUGAAGUUGUCAAUGGCUUGGUUGCAGACUCUAAGCUGCUGGAAUCUUCACCAGCUGCUUUUCCAGAGAAAGACAGCCCCAAAAUCAAGGGAACAAGAGCACCUCCAGAACAUGGAAAAGUUUUUGUUCCCAGAAGGUCUCUCUUGGAUGAAUUAUUUGAAGUGAAUCAUAUCCGGACCAUCUAUCACAUGUUUAUUGCUAUCCUCAUUUUGUUCAUCCUCAGCACACUUGUGGUGGACUUCAUUGACGAGGGAAGGCUGGUGUUAGAAUUUGAUUUGCUGGUUUACUCUUUCGGCAAAAUUUCUAUCGUCGCUUCAACUUGGCUUUGCAUGUUCUUCUCCACGUUACUUGUGCCCUAUUUCCUCUUUGUCCAGUGGGCCAAGGGGUUCCAUAGCUCCUCCCACAAGAUCAUCCACUCCAUUUUAUUUGGGGCGCCUUUUGUGAUUUUCCAGACAGUCUGUCUUGGAUUUGGACCAACUUACAUUACAUUGACUUAUGAUCUACCGCCGGCCUCUCGCUUUAUAGUUAUACUUGAACAGGUGCGUCUUGUGAUGAAAGCCCACUCUUUUAUCAGGGAGAAUGUUCCCCGAAUAGUCUCUGCUGCUCAACAAAAGUCAGAUUCUUCUCAGCUUCCUAAAGUUUCCCAGUACCUGUAUUUUCUUUUUGCUCCUACCCUUAUUUACCGAGAUGAGUAUCCCAGAACGCCCACAAUAAGAUGGAGCUAUGUAGCUACCAAGUUUGCACAGGUUCUUGGUUCAUUUUUCUAUGCCUACUACGUAUUUGUAAGACUCUGUAUUCCAGUGUAUCGGAAUUAUAACCAGGAACACUUCAAUCUACGAGGACUAGUUCUUUGCAUCUUCAACUCUAUUCUUCCAGGUGUAUUGAUUCUGUUCCUGACCUUCUUUGCAUUCCUUCAUUGCUGGCUUAAUGCUUUUGCGGAGGUGCUCCGCUUUGCUGACAGAAUGUUUUAUAAGGACUGGUGGAAUUCUACAUCUUUUGCAAACUAUUACCGAACCUGGAAUGUGGUGGUACAUGACUGGCUGUAUUACUAUGCCUACAGAGACUUCCUUUGGUUCUUUGGAAAAAAAUUCAAAGUAGUUGCUAUGCUGUCAGUUUUCACGGUUUCUGCUGUUGUACAUGAAUACGUCAUGGCCAUUGCUUUGGGUUACUUCUAUCCAGUCAUGUUCUCCAUGUUCAUGUGUUUUGGAAUCGUUCUCAACUUCAUUCUCCAUGACCGUCGGAAAAACCCCAUUUUUAACAUCUUCAUGUGGACGUCACUCUUCCUUGGUCACGGUGUCCUUAUUUGCCUUUAUGGGCAAGAGUUGUAUGCCCGUCAGAAUUGUCCCAGGGAAAACGUGAGUAAUCUAUUUGUAAUAAGAGUAGGUUGAGUUACUAUUCAGAGCCAUGCAUUCAGAAACUAGAACUAUGAAAAAACCAUUCAUAGUUUGUAAACAUUGUAUUUAACUUGCAGCACUCUGCAUACUUGAAAAAUUGUACAUGACUAGGAGUGGUUUGAAUGUCUAGUGGCAUAAAAAGUGAAUACAUGCAUACUUGGAAGACUUUUGAAUAAGUAUUUUAUUCGUAGAUUAUUUUAAAUCUUGAAAUACUGGCCGGAAAUUAUGGGAGAUGAAUCCCAACACAGCUGAAGGGUGAACAAGACUGUUCAAGGAGUUGGCAGUACAGCAUACUAAGAAGUGGACUUCUCUAUCUGCUUCAGUUGUGUUCAUCCUACCACCAGGUCUUCUGCAUUUUAUGUUUUGCAGAUGACUUGAUGAUAUUAGAAGAGAAAUUAGCAUAAUUUUUAUAGCAUAAACCUAUAAAAAUGGUACACAGAACUUACAUCAAAGUAUUUAUCUCACAUUCCAAAGUUUGUCCACGAAGCGGUCCAUAUAAUGAGUUCAUAGAAGGUGUAUAUUUGUGGGUGUGUGGGUGUGUGCAUGAACACAUGCACUUGCAGACACAUUUGCAGUGAUAGUAAAUGAAGAUGAGCCCCUCAGGUCGGAAGGUGUCCAAUAUGCUACUGGGGAAGAG